AAGCAUCACGGGAUACCGAGUGUCUAAAUCACGCUCGCUGUAGUCCUCAGGUGUUUAGCAUCCUCGAGCAUCUCGCCGCGCUUCAGAUUCAUUCAACAAACAAAUAAACUCACAGUGAGAAGGUGAAGAUGGCGGACGAGCACGAGCUCCUGAGCAAGCUGGAGAACAUGAAGGAGAUUCGUAAUAGGAUGAUGCAGAUGGAGAAGCUGAAGGCUCGUCUCCGCUCCGAGUUUACAACGCUGGAAUCAGAGGAGAAACACCUGCGAGAGUACAAACAGGAAAUGGAGCUGCUGCUGCAGGAGAAGAUGGCACAUGUGGAGGAGCUUCGUCUUAUCCACACCGACAUCAACGUGAUGGAGAACACCAUCAAGCAGGCGGAGUUUGAUCUGAACAAGCUGCUGGAUUCGACUCGGAAACUUCAUGAUGAGUACAGACCUCUGAAGAACCACGUGGACGCUCUGAGAGCUACACUCGGCCUGCAGAGACUUCCAGAACUCAACCGGGAGGAGGAACGUGUGUCCCUCAAUUACUUUGAAAAGCAGAAAGCCGAGUGGCAGAAGGAACCCUCAGAGUCUCCAAUCCCAGAAUCCUUAGCGGCAGUGGCGGCGGCCGAACAGCUUUAUCUGGCGAGGAAACAAGACUCACGACAACCAACAACCACGUUCCGCCAACAACCUCCACCCAUGAAGGUGUGUCUGUCGUGUCAUCAGCAGAUCCACGGAACGCCCGAUCUGUCCUCUGUGUAAAGCCAAGAGCCGCUCACGCAACCCCAAAAAACCCAGGAGGAAACCUGACGAAGCAGCAGUGAGUCUGAGGCUUCUGUCACUCAGAGACUUUUAUUAUUGAUGUUAUUACAGAGACGUCAUUAGUGAUGAAGGAAAUGUUUGUGUGAAACUUGAAAUUAAACAGCUAACUUAAAACAUU